CGACGACGGCCGCGCAUCACGCGCACACGUCCUCAAAACUGAGAAACUAUCGAAUUCAUUCAAUACCGCAGUAGCUCUUGCAUUUCUCGAGCGCUGUCGCAAUAUAUUACAUUAUCCAGACCGCUGAACGAGCAGCACACACGCGACGCCGACGCGACGCCAGCGCGCAUUGCUCAAAGAACUGCUCAGACGCCGCCAGCGCGGCACGCAUAACAGCUCCAAUAACAAUGUACGGCGGCUACGCCAACGGCGCCAGUUAUGGUCAACAGCAGGCCGCCUACGCCGGGCAAGCGCCGCAGAGCUACGCGCAGCCGCAGCAGGCCGCGCAGCCACCGCCGCCACCAGCGAUGCCCGGCCUCCCGGCAGGCUGGUCGCCGGCCCGCUGCCCGACGACGGGCAACACCUACUUCUACGAACAUAGCACGGGCAAGGUCUCGUGGACGCCGCCGAAAGCACCGGAACCCGUCGUAGCGGCCUCGGCACAACCCUUGCCGCCCUCAACCCAGGUACCGCAGAACUACGAGGGCGCCUCGGCCCAGACCUUGCCCGAGGAGGCCCAGGACGCGUGGGACGCCGUGCAGGCGCACAUCGCGGCGUCGCGCAUGGGAAGGCCGCCGCCGCAGUUUUCCGUGCCUUCUACACAACCGAAGAAGCGCGGCGGGGACCUCUCUUCGUUAAAAAAAGAUUUGGAGAGCCCGCCCGACGUGCUCCGGUGGCGACGCGAGCGGGACAUCACGGUCGCGGGCGGCUGCGAUUCUUGUUUUCCUCGCUUCGAGGACGCGCCGUUGCUGCCCGCCUUGUAUACCUCGCUGAAAGCCGCCGGCUUCGCCACGCCGUCGCCCAUCCAGGGCCAGGCCUGGCCUCCGGCCCUUCAAGGGAGAGACGUUAUUGGCGUCGCAAAAACGGGCAGCGGCAAAACGUUAGGCUUCCUCGUGCCGGCGUUCAAAUUACUUUGCGGCGAGGGCUACCCGCGGCCGUGCCAGGCCUGCGCGCCGAAGGUCUUGGUCUUGGCCCCGACGCGCGAGCUCGCGACGCAGAUCGAGGACGAGGCGCGGAAAUUUGGCGGCCCGCUCGGCGUGAAAAGCGUCUGCUGCUACGGGGGCGCCCCAAAAGGCCCGCAGAUGGCUGCUUUACGACAAGGCGCGCACGUGUGCAUCGCCACGCCCGGGCGCCUGAACGACUUCCUCGAGGCCGGGAUGGUCGACCUGUACGCGUGUCGCUACCUGGUCUUUGACGAGGCCGAUAGGAUGCUCGACAUGGGCUUCGAGCCCCAAAUUCGGCGCAUCGUACAACGCUGCCCCGACCGGCGGCAGACGUUAUUCUUCACGGCGACGUGGCCGCGCGAGGUGCGGUCGCUGGCGUCGGAGUUUUUGAGUGAGCCCGUGGUGAUCUGUGUGGAAAUCAACCAGUGCGUCGGGUGCCAUCGAGCAGGCGUCGCGUCGAUGGCGUGCCGUAAAAUUUUGAUUUUCACACAGGUUGUGAUAUAUGUCGGAGAUACGUCGGGCUCGCUGAAAGCUAAUAGUGACGUGACGCAGCACGUCUUCGUGACGAGAUCACCGCAGGAUAAAGAUAGACUACUCGCGGAGUGCGUGCGGAAAGAAGUAGAGGCCGCUCAAGGUCAAACGUGUCGGAUUAUUGUUUUUGCGAAUUCGAAGCGCUUAUGUGACCAGCUCGAGCGGUCCAUGCCGCGCCUGCUGCAGUUGCGCUGCUCAGCGAUGCACGGCGACAAGGACCAGUAUCAGAGAACACAAACGAUCGAGGCCUUUAAAGUGGGCAUCUGUCCCGUGCUCAUCGCGACGGACGUCGCGGCGCGGGGCUUGGAUAUUAAAGAUGUGCGCGCUGUCAUAAAUUACGACUUUCCGGGCAACGUGGAGGACUACGUGCAUCGAAUUGGUCGUACUGGGAGAGCGGGCGCCACGGGCAACGCCUACACCUUCUUCACGCAACGGGACGACCGGAAGGCCGGUCCGUUAGUUAAGCUGAUGGAGGACGCCGGUCAACAAGUUCCUGAUGAAUUAAGGGCCAUGGUUCGCGGCGGUGGGCACAUGGGCUCGUCGAUGCAGUUCUCGUCUGGCGGCGGCCGCCGCGGCCAGGGCGGCGGCGGCAACGGGCAUUAUGGGGAUGGCGGCGGCAGUAAUGGGCACUACGGCGAUAGCGGCGGCAACGGGCACUACGGCGGCGGCGGCGGUGGCGGGCGCGGCCGCGGCGUCGACAACCGGCCGGCCUGGAUGUCCGAGACGCAAGGCGUCGCGCCGCCGCAGAUGCCGUCCGGCCCGCCGCCGCCCGGGGCGUAUGCGGAUCGCUCGCGGUCGCGGUCGCGAGGGCGGCGGCGUCGAGACCGUUCGCGCUCGCGCGACCGCGGGCGCCGGCGUCGUAGUGACUCGCGUUAA